CCACUCGGCGCUGGCUGAACUCGAACCUUCUCUCCUUUACGGCUUCUCUGCUCGUUGAUUCCACUUCGUCUCCGUUCCUGGAUCUAUUGAAGCUCUUGAGUACAUUGCUGAGUUCGAGUUUUGAUUUCUCUUGCGCUUUUAGCGAUGAUGGCGGAUCUGAGGAGGAGACCACCGACGACUGGACUUGAGAAAGCGAUAUGGGUCUCCAAGAUCGGGUUUUUCCUUCUGGGAAUCCUUUCUACUGGCGUCGCGACGCGGCUCGCUGUCCCCCCCGCCGCCGGAGUCCUCGCCUCUGCCCUCCCCCGCUUCUGGGCCUCUCUCUGCUCCUGGCUUGUGCCACCUUAUCUCUUCGUUGUCAUCCAUCUCAUCAUCCUCGUCAUCUGGAAACUCUCCGACCAGAAGCAGCAGCUGCGGGAGGAAAAGCCGCCGGUGCGCGUGGGUGACGUAAAGGCCAAAACUUUCGUGCCUCCUUCCGCUGCGCCUCCCCCUGGGGAACCUUUGGCCGAGUCAUGGCACGAGGUCCUGCCAUCGCCGAAGACGGCGCCGGAACUAGUGGUAAGUUCCGGCGCUGGGGAGCCGUCUGACCCGCCCACAGAGGAGAAGCCCGCUGCUUCAUCUUCCUUUGGGAUCAACACAAGCACUGAACCAUCUAGAGAAACUAGUGACGUGUCAGACGAGUUGGAGACAGCGGCGGCGGCGGCCUCAGAGAACGCGGUAGACAUCGACUCCAUGGACGCCACGUGGAAGGCGAUCAUGAAGAAGUCGCCCUCCCGAGGUUGGGAGAAGCCGGGCGGCCGGGAACCGAGGCCAUCGGAAAAGGUCGCGAUAAGGUGGAGGGAACCGUCGGCGACGGGCCGCGACGAGCUGAACCGCCGCUUCGACGACUUCAUAAGGAAGAACUACGACCAGAUCCGCCUUCAGAGACACGAGUCGAACCAGAGGAGGUUAGAGAUGUCUACUGCGGGACUCCAUUAAUCUCCGCAGCUUCCGUCCUGUGUCUUCUCUUUCUCAGUCCUCAUUAUUAGUCGGUGCUGUGCUUUCCUACAAGCUUGAAGGAGAUCCGCUCUGCUGAAAGAACCCAUCUUUCAGGCUCUUUUUGAAUGCUGGAGGCGGGUUGGAUUGUUGCUUCAAGUGACUGUGUUGAAAGGAAGAUCUUUGCUUUGCAAUAUGGAUCAUAUUACUGCCUGUUAUAGUUUUUCUUAAUGAUACAACUGUUUGAUUGUUUUAAUGAGAGAUUUGUACUGGAUUUUGACUAUUGUGGUUAUGAAUACAAGCUUUCUCU